GACAAGAUCAAAGAGAAAAUCCCACGUCAAAUAGAUAAAAAAUAAAACUCAAGGAAAAAAAAAAAUACUACAAUAGCCAUCCAGCGUUUUCUCUGCCGUCUGCUACUGGAAACAAAAGAAUCAAACUCUAUCACGCCACUCCUCCCACCCUUUCAGUUUUCACCACUACUCCUCUCCUCGCCAUCUCAAUUCUUUCUUCCUGAGUUUUUCCAACGCAAGAACCAGCGCCAAAGACAUAGACCAUACUAUAUAUCUGAAACAGAACCAAAGUCACCAUGCCAUCUAAUUCAUCACUCGUUCCAACACCAUCUCAUCCGACCACUCAGUACCUGCAAAGCCUGUUAGCAUGUUCACGUCCCUUCCUUCGCGGCGAGCUUGAAUCUGUCGACAAGAAUUUGCCUUCUUUGGUAGCUACUUUGCGUUCUGUUGGAGCUGGAGAGUGCUGGCACAAGCACGGUAGCUUUUUAGAGCAUUUGGUAGAUAUCUAUCGCAUUCUUAAGAUAUGGAAAGCUCAAGACCCUGUCUGCCUAUGCGGUCUGUUUCACUCUGCUUAUUCCAACUCUUAUGUCAACCUUGCCAUCUUCGAUCCUUCCACUGGUCGUGAAGUAGUUAUAGGCCAUGUUGGUGAGGCUGCAGAGCGUUUGAUUCAUUUGUUCUGCAUCGUUCCCAGGCAACCUUUAAUUCAUGAUGAUCUAUUGUUUAAGUAUUCUGAUUCUGAACUUGUUGAACACCUUAAGCUUUCUGAAAUUUCAUUUAAGAACGCGAAAGAAAAGGGUUUGUUCAAUGAAGACGAGGUUUGGAGGAAGAAACUACGGGGACUUUUGCCUGAUAAUGGGAUUGUAGUGAAGCACAUAAAGACUGGUGAAGAUGUGUUGGUGUCUAGAAGGAUAGCAGCAAUUUUCCUUCUGAUGACUAUGGCAGAUUUUAGUGAUCAGCUUUUUGGAUUCCAGGAUGCUUUAUUUGGAAACUUUGAUGGUCGGCUUGAAUUUACCGGAAAUAAUUUUGUUGCUUUAUGGCCUGGCAAUGGCAAACCAGGGCUGUGGCUGAGUUCAAUAUCGAGGAUGGGAGCAAUAUAUAGUUUGAUAGUGAGAGAGGAAGAGAUUUUUGUGGAACAAAGGAAAAGGUCAGGUGGUGUUGGGGUUGAAAUUGAGAGAGAUGAGGAUAUUGAGCUUGUGAUGCCACCAGUUUUUGAGAACUGCACUAAGGUUUUGGGUGCUAAGGAGCAGAUAGAGGCAAGGGACUUGUAUUGGGAAGCUGUUUGUGAUGAUUCCAAGGAAGGACACGAGCGAGCUGAGAAGUUGCUAUUAGGUAGCAUCGAGAAGAAUCCAUUUGUUGGAGAGCCAUAUGUGGUUUUGGCUCAAGUUUAUCUAACAAAAGGAAGGUUUGAGGAGGCAGAAAAAGAGGCUGAAAAAGGGCUGACCCUGAUGUUGGAGUGGAGCAGUCCAUGGGACAAGAGGAUGUCGUGGGAAGGAUGGAUUGCUUGGGCAAGAGUUUUGUUGAUGAAGGCUAAAGAAAAGUCUUGGCCACAAACUUCAUGGGGGGUCCUCAAUCUAGGCCUUGUUAAGUAACAUACCUUAUUUCCUCUUGUUCUAUGCAUAUUCUGCUAUGAUCUAGUUGUGGCUUCAAAAAAUAAAAUAAAAUGCACUGAACCCUGCAUCUGUAGAAAGUUGCAAGGCAUGUGUAUUUGUUCUUUUUUGCUUCGGAGGAACUUAAUGAUGCAGUAACCUUAUUGAAUUUGUUAAGAGAUAUUGAUUUCUUCUUGGUGUAUUAAUUUGGGGAUCUCUUGCUGGAAUUCUAUCUUCCUUUAAAUGAUAGUAAACAUAUAAGGUUCAAGUGCUAUAUCAAAAUCGUUAUGUUUUAGGCGUUUAUCACCUCUUUGUUAAAAGGUGUUGUCUCUUAUCGAUUAAAUUUUGGACCUCUUUAUCUAUAAUCAAUUAAUUUUAAGUUGGAUGCGAAAUAUGAAAUUAAAAU